CACAAUCGCCGACUCAUAUAACAGACUCACCAUUAUCUCAUUUCACGACUCUCAUAACAAAACAUAACAUUAAUACUUACAUAGAAUUUAUAAUAAACGAAUACCAAUUUAUCUGUACAGAUAUGAAGGACAGUAGCGGCGAGAUACCAGCGCUUCCUGACCAGCUGUGACCCUAUAACCUCGCACAUCGACAAAAUGCCUUAUCACCGCACUAUUACCAACUUAUUGACCGGGAAGGUUCGUUAUCAGUCGCCAACAAAACCCGCCAGCGUAAACAUGAACAUGAAAUAAGUGAUAUGAACUCAAUUAACGUGAAACACUUGUGGACGAAUGAUGUGCGUUAAAUCUUUAAGAUGGGUGAUCUGUUACCGAGUAUACCGAGGAGUACGUUCGCGAGUGAGGUAGAUGGAGGAAACUACAGCCUCGAAGGUCAGGGCGUGACGGAGUACGCGUCUGACGCGGAGCUGGCUGCUGUGGAGCUGUUCCGUGAUUACCCGGAGCCACUUCUUCGCUUCGCUUCCGUGUGCUGUGUGCUCUUCAUGUUAGUCGGCAUUCCUGGCAACCUCAUCACCAUUGUUGCGCUUGCAAGGUGCAAGAAGGUCCGCAACGCCACCGCAGUAUUCAUAAUGAACCUGUCAUGCUCCGACCUCCUAUUCUGCUGCUUCAAUCUGCCACUCGCUGCAUCCACCUUCUGGCGUCGCUCUUGGGCUCACGGCAGAAUCCUCUGCCGAAUGUUUCCACUUGCGAGAUAUGCACUUGUUGCUGUCUCCCUCUUCACAGUCUUGGCUAUCACAAUCAACAGAUAUGUGAUGAUCUCCCAUCCACGUCUGUAUCCCAAGUUGUACCGACGUCAAUAUUUAGCUGUUAUGGUGGCAAGUACCUGGGCUUUCUCAUUCGGUGCAUUAAUAGCAACGUGGUUAGAAAAAUGGGGUAGAUUUGGCCUGGACCCCACAAUUGGAUCCUGUUCAAUACUUCCCGACAAAAACAAUCGCUCUCCAAAAGAGUUUCUCUUUGUGGGUGCCUUCAUGCUGCCCUGUCUGGCCAUUGUGAUAUGUUACGCUAGGAUAUUUUGCAUUGUUAGAGAAGCAGCAAGAAAGUCACGAGCCCCGGCUCGAGGGCGAUCAAGGCCAGGGUUAGAAGACUCUGCAGUUGGUUCAGCUUCCACAGCAUUGGAACGAUCACCUGGCCCUGAAAAUGGAAUCAAUCACGUAGCUCCACCGAGAAGGGCCCUUCUAGCACCACCAGCACUUCACUGUCCUCCGACUCCUGGCCCUGAGCGUUCCUCCUCGUCUGGUGUUGAUACAUUAGAUGGCCACGAUGAGGAGUGCGCAUUGGAUGCUAAACCUAGAACACCGAGUGGUGGUGAAACUGCUAAACGUCUUAGACAAGCUGCAGUCGCAUUAAGACGAUCACCAGCUUCUGUAAGACCACCUCGACUCACGCCAAAAGACAGAAAGUUACUAAAGAUGAUAAUGGCAAUAAUGUUGUCGUUUUGGGUAUGCUACUUGCCCAUAACAUUAACGAAGAUAUUUCGAGAGUUCACGUCGCAUCCAGCGGCAAAUAUAGCGGGAUACAUACUGAUAUACCUGACGACGUGUAUCAACCCUAUAAUUUACGUGGUGAUGUCGUCCGAGUACCGGCAGGCGUACAAGAACCUGCUAAUGUGUCGUCGCUGGGCGUGACGUUCGCCCGGCGAUGGCGCCUCCGAGAAGCGCCCGCCGUGACUAGUCGUAAAUCGCUGGACAGCCUGAAUAACUGCAAAUAAUGG